AAAUGUCUGCAGCUUUACUGUUCAUAUGCUUAUGCAUUAAUUGCACCAUGAGGAAGUUCACCACAUCAGCCUUUGUUUUUCUGAUCUGCAUGAUGCUGCUGUCCACAACAGAAGUCAUUGCUGCCAGACUGCCGGCCCAACAGCUACGCUGCCAGUGUGUUAAAACGUAUUCGGGAAAACCAAUUAACCCUAAACUAAUACAGAAAGUACAAAUGAUUCCUGCUGGAGCACAAUGCAAAAACGUGGAGAUCAUUGCCACUCUGAAAAAUGGACAGACAUGCCUCAAUCCCAGAGAUGAAUGGGUGAAAAAUAUCAUCGAAACAUGAUUCCCCAUCUGUGUUUGCAUGCAGAAGUGUAUGAGUUUUCUUGCUUUAUUUGGUAGCACACAUUAUUCUUCUGCAUAUUUCUGCAGAGCUGUGAAAUGCAACAGUUAAAUGCAAACAUUGUAUCAUCCCCAUUGCAAACUGUUGCAGAUGACUUGCUCAUUAGCGAAACACAUUCUGACGAAGCAAAUUUAAAAUGUGCAUAACAGAAAAUGUUGUAUUGUCAUUUUAGCUGAAAGCAACACUGC